CGCACGGCGCGGGAGGUUCGGACCCUGCGGCCCGUGGCGGGUCAGCAGGCGGCCAUGGAGGACUACGAGUGGGAGCUGUGCGGCGUCGAGGACGACUUCCAUAGCCAGUUUGCGGCCGAGCUCGAGGUGCUGGCCGAGCUGGAAGGGACAGCCCCCCUGUCAUCCUCCAGUGGCCCCCGGCCCACCGUGGGCCAGCUUCGCCUGACGUUCGAAGAGGCCCUUGCUAGAGGGAAUGUUGCCACUUACUACUCUCCAGCUGGACCUCCAGGGCAUUGCAAGGACAGUGCCAGGAAGAGGCAGCUGCCCGCUGACAUCCAGGGGGACGGACCCCUGCCCUCCACCCCCAAAGUCAAACGGUCCAAGCUGGAGGCUGCCAGGAGACUGAAUUUCAGGCCCGACGAGAUGGAAGAGCCCCUGCUUCCUGACUCCCUGAGUCGGGACAUCACCCCCCCACUGAGUCCUGAGGUCCCUGCUGAGCUGUGGAGCAAGGGGCCUUUGGACACCGGGGCUGAUGUGGAUCUCAGUCCGGCCCCACCAGCCACCCGCAAUCCUGUCCUGAGGCGGCCCCCUGUCUUGGAGGACUAUGUCAACGUGACCUCUACGUGUGGUGACCGGGCCUUCCUGGUGCUGCGGGCUGACCCACUGGGCACUGGGGUGCAGAGCCCUUUCCUUGAUAUCCGGUGGCGUGGCGGUGGCCAGCUGGACCUACUGGGUGUGUCCUUUGCCUCCCUGAAGGAGAAAGUAGACAGCGAGCGGCGGCAGCGACUGCUGGAGGAGGCCCAGCGGCUCUCGGAGACACUGUGCAGUCUCAGGUCAGAGGAGGAGGAAGCCCAGCCUUUGGGAGCCCCGGAGGAGGAGGUGGCUGACAGCCGAGAUGCCUCCCAGCAUUGCCUCUGGGUAGAUAAGUUCGCUCCCCAGCACUACACGGAGCUGCUCAGUGACGAUGCCAGGCCUCUCUUCCCACAGUUCACUAACCGCUGCCUCCUCAAGUGGCUAAAGCUGUGGGAUCUGGUGGUGUUUGGCCGAGAGAGGCCCGCCCGGAAGCCCAGGCCCAGUGUGGAGUUGGCCCGUGGAGGCAAAGAGACUGCGGCCUCCAGCAAGUGGAAGAGCCAUGAGCAGGUGCUAGAGGAGAUGCUAGAGGCUGAGCUGGACCCAAGCCGGCGGCCCCGACAGAAGGUGGCGCUGCUGUGUGGGCCCCCAGGGCUGGGCAAGACCACUCUGGCCCAUGUGAUUGCACGGCACGCUGGGUACUCCGUGGUGGAAAUGAAUGCGAGUGACGACCGCAGCCCUGAGGCCUUUCGCACGCGCAUUGAAGCGGCUACGCAGAUGGAAUCAGUGCUGGGCACUGGUGGGAAGCCCAACUGCCUGGUCAUCGAUGAGAUCGACGGGGCCCCCACGGCUGCCAUCAAUGUUCUCCUGAGCAUCCUGGACCGCAAGGGCCCGCAGGAGGCAGAGCCAAGGGGCCCAGCCAUGCCCAUGGGUGGGGGGCGGCGGCGCCGGGCAGAGGAGGGGCUCCUGAUGAGGCCCAUUAUCUGCAUCUGCAAUGACCAGUUUGCGCCCUCCCUGCGGCAACUGAAGCAGCAGGCUCUUCUGCUCCACUUUCCACCCACUUUGCCCUCCAGGCUCACACAGCGGCUCCAUGAGAUUGCCCUGCAGCAGGGCAUGCACGCUGACCGAGGUGCACUGGCAGCCCUCUGUGAAAAGACAGACAAUGACAUCCGCGCCUGCAUCAACGCCUUGCAGUUCCUGCAUGGGCGGGGCCAGCGGGAGCUGAGUAUUCAGGCUGUGCAGACCACACGCAUUGGCCUCAAGGACCAGCGCAAGGGGCUUUUCUCUGUGUGGCAGGAGGUCUUCCAGCUGCCCCGGGCCCAGAGGCACCGCGUGGGUCAGGACCCGACCCUACCCACCCACGUGCUUCUGCUCAGUGAUGGGCACGCAGGCUCGGAGCCCCUCGCUGCUGAGGCACCCAUGACCCUGGCCUCGCAGCGGUUCUACCACAUUCUGCACAUGGCCGCCUCUGCAGGGGAGCACGAGAAGGUGGUCCAGGGCCUGUUCGACAAUUUCCUGCGGCUACGGCUGCGGGACUCCAGCCUGGGCGCUGUGUGUGCAGCCCUCGACUGGCUGGCCUUUGAUGACCUGCUGGGCCAGGCUGCCCACCACAGCCAGAGCUUCCAGCUGCUGCGCUACCUGCCUUUCCUGCCCCCAGCCUUUCAUCUGCUCUUCGCCUCCAGCCGUGUGCCGAGGAUCGCCUUCCCCAGCAGCCAGCAGGAGGCCCAGAAUCGCAUGAGCCGGACACAGAACCUGAUUCAGACACUAGUGUCAGGCAUCACACCAGCCACCCGCAGCCGGGCAGCACCCCAGGCCCUCGUCCUGGACACCCUCUGCCUGCUUCUGGACAUCCUCGCACCCAAGCUGCGCCCCGUGAGUACGCAGCUGUACAGCGCCCGAGAGAAGCAGCAACUGGCCAGCCUUGUAGGCACCAUGCUUGCUUACAGCCUGACCUACCGCCAGGAGCGCACACCUGAUGGGCAGUAUGUCUACAGGCUGGAGCCGAAUGUGGAAGAGGUCUGCCGCUUUCCCGAGCUUCCUGCCCGCAAGCCCCUCACCUACCAGGCCAAGCAGCUCAUUGCCCGCGAGGUUGAAGUGGAGAAGAUGCGGCGGGUGGAGGUCUUGGCUCGGGCUAGGGACAGCCCCCAGGUGGACGGAGAUGCCCUGGGGGCCGAGGGUCCGCUGGGGAGCACUGGGGAGAAAGGGGCGCAGCCACCUGCCCCAUAUAGCCACAAGCAGCAGCUGGAGUGCAUCAUGAAGAAAGCCACUCUGGAGGAGCAGCCUGAGAGGGACUUCUUUGGCCGUGUGGUUGUCAGGAGAGCAGCAGCCCCAAGCACAGAGGAUGCAGCUCCUGAGACCGACACAGCUGAACGGCGCAUGGGCACUGCGGUGGGCAGGAGCGACGUCUGGUUCCGCUUCAAGGAGGGUGUCUCCAAUGCCGUGCGUCGCAGCCUGUACAUCAGGGACCUGCUGUAGGUGGGCCACACUGAGCCCCUGGGAUCUAUGCUGGACAUCCCUGUGUUGUGCUGGACGUUUGGAUCUGUGCUGGACGUCGUUGGGAUCUAUACUGGACAUCCUGAUCCACGCUGGACCACCCUGGGGUCAUGCUGGGUGCCCUGGAUCCACCCCAGAUGUCCCCAGGAUCUAUGCUGGACACCCUGGUCCUAUGCCAGAUGUCCCCAAAUACACACCGGACGCCUGGACAUUCCUUUCUCUCUGCUAGAGAAUGUACAGAAGACUUACAGCCUCAGAAAGUCUUUUUUAUAAAGAC